AUGAAGUCAACCACGGAUUCAAAUGCUGUCAUCACCAGAGAUGAGCCGACAGAGGGUGAUGCUCACACCGAAAAGACAGACAUCAGCCAUUCGGAGGCCCUGAAAGACCCAGUCCUCAUGCACGAUGCCUUUGACGGUGAGAACCGCGAGCACGCCGAAAGCACUUGGAGAGCAGCCAGAAAGCAUCCCUGGGCAUGUCUAUGGGCUUUUAUCAUGUGCUUCACUAUUGUCAUGGAAUCCUUCGAUAUGUUUUUGAACACCAACUUUGUCGCUCUCACACCGUUUAAAAUGAAGUAUGGGGUCCAGACCACGGAUGGCAGCUAUAGCAUCCCGACCCGCUGGCAAAGUGCCCUCUUCCAAUCUGGACAAUGUGGCGCUUUUGUCGGCGUUUUUUUGGCUGGCCCAAUUACUUCUCGUAUUGGUUAUCGCUGGACAACCAUUAUUGCUUUAAUUUUGAUGAAUGCUACCAUUUUUGUUUCCUUCUUUGCCAACUCUCUGACUCUUCUUGUGGUUGGACAAGCUUUGGAAGGCGUGCCCUGGGGAUUCUUCAUUGCAAAUUCCCCCGCCUAUGCCAGUGAGAUUGUUCCAAUUUCCCUCCGAGGUGCCUGCACAGCUACUCUGCAAAUGAGUUGGUCUAUCGGCUCUAUUAUUGUGGCCGGCGCCACCUACGGCUAUAACAAGAAGCUAAAUGAGUGGGCAUGGCGAGUUCCUAUCGCUUUGCAAUGGAUCUUCCCUACUCCUCUCUUAAUCCUCGUGUUUCUCGCCCCCGAGUCUCCUUGGUGGCUUAUCCGUCGCGGCCGCAAGAAGGAGGCACUUCGAUCCAUUGAGCGCCUUGGGGAAAAGAAUCCCGAACAUGCCCAGCAGUCUCUUGCCAUGAUUGAGCGAACAGUUAAGAUAGAAGAAGAAAUAGGUGGUGCUCCUACUCUUCUUGACUUGAUCAAGGGGACUGAUUUGCGACGAACUACAAUCAUCUGCUUGAUGUACAUGUCACAAAAUUUUGCUGGUAACCUCAUUUCAAACCAGGCAACUUACUUCUUCGAACAGGCUGGCAUCACUCCGGACCGUGCUUUCCUCUACCUCUGGGGUACAGCCACUAACGUGGUCCUGCUCAUCAUUCUUGGUAUUUGCGCUUCUAUCGCACAGAACAACUCGACCAACCUCGCCCAGGCCAGUCUAGGCGUCAUUAUUUCCUUCGUAUUUGCCCUAACCCAGGGACCUAUUUCAUACACAAUCAUCUCCGAGACCUCUUCGGUCCGUCUUCGUGCUCUCAGUACCGCCGUUGGCCGGGCUGCCUACUACAUUGCGGAAAUCCCUAUGAUCUACCUCGCCUCUAAGAUGCUGAACACGACCGGCUGGAACCUGGCUGGCAAGUGUGGAUAUGUAUGGGCCGGUACUGCUCUCGUAUGCUGGGUUAUGGCCUUCUUCUUCCUUCCUGAGCUCAAGAACAGAUCCUACCGCGAGAGCGAUAUCUUGUUCCGCCGCCGAGUUUCCGCCAGAAAAUUCAAAUCGACCGUUAUUGCAGUUACGGACAACGAAUAA